AUGGACGACUACAUGUUCCAAUGGCACGUGAAGGGCUGCAAGAAUGUCACCGAGGCGACGACGUACCUCGAGAUCUUCAACUACUCGCAAAAGGCGAAGCAUCCAGAGACUUUCACACCGAGCGUCAUCUCAUUCACGGCGCGCGAGUACGAGACGAUGGUGAGGGUGCUCAAGCUGCCGUUCCGAGCGAUAGAGGGCACGAGCGUGGUAGGGCCUUUCUUCUGGUGCGCCUUCGACCAGGACGACGAAGACCCGCACCUGCAGGUCAUCUUCCGCAAGAGCGACGUGCGCAAGAAGGGCCUGACGCGCGGGUGGGAGCUGAUGCUGAGCCACUCGCUGGCGACGGGGGUGACGACGGGCUACGCCAAGGGCACCGAGUCGAGCGACAUGGUGGCGAGCGUGGAGCACCUCAAGGCGUGCGCGCAGCAGGUCGCGCACCCGAUGCUGCUGCCCGUCAUCAUCCUUUCGCACGACCUGAGCGCCAAGAACGACCAGAAGCAGCGCGACGCGCGCGACUGGCUGCGGCGCCUCGAGCACGCCGUCAGCAUGCGCAACGAGAUCCAGGAGGACGAGGGCUACGUCAAGGACGCCGUCAUGGACCUCGACCAGAUCAACAGGGACCUGGUCGAGUGCCACUCGCAGGUGCUGUGGAAGCGGCCCCAGGCGUACCAGGAGAUUGUGCGCGAGAUGGAGAAGGGCAUGGCCCGCUUCAAGGAGAUGCUGCCGCCCGAGAGGGACGUGCCCGAGGUGAACAAGCUGCACCGCAGCAUGAACGCCCGGCUCGAGUUCUACCAGAACAAGCUGAAGGGCAUCGAGAACUAUGCGCAUACGACGCUGGAGCGGCUGACGAUUCAACGAGCUGCGCUUUAUAACAUUAUUGCGCAGAAGGAAUCCAAGCUCAAUCUAGAGAUGGCCGGUGCCCAACGGCGGCUUGCACACGCCAGCAAGCGGGACAGCAACUCGAUGAAGACGCUCUCGCUACUCGGUGCCAUCUUCCUGCCCGCCACCUAUCUAGCGUCUGUGUUCAGCAUGACCUUCUUCAACUUCAGUCCCGAUCCCGGCCAGCCCAUCGUGGCAUCCUCGAUAUGGGUCUACUUCGCCAUCACCGUGCCGAUAACGAUAGUCAUCGUGGUGAUCUGGCGGGUGUGGGACCGGACGCGCGAGCGCCAGUACGCAGAGGAGGACGUCGACCUGGAGGCGGGCAUUGAGAAGAUGGAGCAGCAGAUCAUGGCCAUGAUGCGCAAGCGCACGCUGAGCAAGGUCCGGACGUGGAAUCUGGCGACCAAAACGGAGUGA